GCAAUGGCAAGUUUAAUUAAUUCUACAACAACUUUAAUAAACGAUGCCUACAAUUAUUACCUUUGGACGUUAUCCCUCGCUGAUGAACGAACGAGAGGAUGGCUCUUGGUCGACUCCCCGAAACCUACUUUGAUAUAUACAAUGUUGUAUUUACUCAUUGUAUGGGCUGGGCCAAAGAUCAUGAGAAAUCGAAAAGCCUUCAAGCUAACAUGGGCCCUUGUUCCGUAUAAUCUUGCAAUGGCCUGUCUUAAUGCGUACAUCGCGAUACAAUUAUUCGUAGCAUCUACUAGACUACGUUAUAGUUAUGUGUGUCAACCAAUUAGACAUGUAACUCGUCCAGAUGAAUUGCAGAUUGCCCAUGCUGUCUGGUGGUACUACUUUAGCAAACUUUUGGAGUUCUGUGAUACAUUUUUCUUUAUUUUACGGAAAAAAGAUAAUCAAUUAAGCUUCCUUCAUGUUUACCAUCAUUCUACCAUGUUUUCGUUAUGGUGGAUUGGUAUUAAAUGGGUACCAAGCGGAUCUACUUUCCUUCCAGCAAUGGUAAACAGUUUUAUCCAUGUCCUUAUGUAUUCAUAUUACGGUUUGGCCGCAUUGGGACCCUCCGUAGCUAAAUAUCUCUGGUGGAAAAAAUAUUUGACGAUUCUUCAAUUGAUCCAGUUUACCACUGCCUUGAUUCUUGGCAUCAAUGGUAUUCGAUCAGGAUGCGAUUUUCCACUUUGGAUGCAAUAUGCACUUGUCAUUUACAUGAUCUCCUUUAUCGUUCUAUUUGGAAACUUUUAUGCCAAAGCUUAUAUUGCUAAGGGCAAGCAAGCAUAUGCGGAGAGACAAUUAGAAAAAAUGAAAGUAGAUACUCAAUCGAAAAAAGAAAUUACUGAUGGAACUGUGUGUAAUGGAAAUAUUUCAAAUGGACACGCUAAUGGAUAUGCAAAUGGUGUAUGUAAAAAGAUUCAGUGAAAAAUGCAUUCCAAAGUUCUUCUUUAAAAUAUUAAAGAUCGAAUUAUGAUAUAUAUAUAUACUUAGUUACAAAAUCAAAGUGAAUAGAAAUUGGAAAAUCGAUAACGAUAAACCAAAUCUAUUUGAUCAGAAUUUUUAGUUUUUACAACUACCGUUUUGUUCGCGGUGCUUAAUACAUUAUAAAUCGUUAAAGAAAAAUUGGGUUUAAUAUAAAAAUCCGAUAUUUCUCAAACGAAUUAACAUAAAUGCGAUUAUAUAUCGGCCUGGAAUUUUUUUUAUUUUUGGAUCAGCAACACAAACUUUAACGAAUUGCUGGUCUAAGGUAUUGUAAAUAUAAAUUAGUCAACUUCAUUAGCAGUUUAGUUGUCAGUAGGUGAAUUAUAUAAGAUCCAAUGUGAUCGAUUACGGUAAUGUUAUAUAAGUUUAAACUAAGUGAUCUUUUUGUGACCAGUAAAAUUUGCAUUGUAAAAAAAAAAAAAAAAAAAAAAGAAAAUGAAAUGAAUCGUCAUGUCGAAAACUGCCUUGGUUUUUUCUCGCAAGAUCUAAGGUUAGGAUUCAAAUAUGGCGAUCUCGAAAAGGUUGUACUAACUUUGCACAUUUGACGUCUAGUUGAUACUUUAUCGUGAUAUUUGAGUAUGUUAUACGAACUACACAUACAGCCUCUCUAAAUAAAUGGAAAAUAACAUUUUAACAUAUAAAUUACUAUUAAAAAUUGUAAAAAGUUUUGUUAGAAUUUUAUAGUUAUAUAUCUAACGUUGUCGUCUCUCUUUAUACGGUUUUUUCUUAUUUAAUGAAAUUUUUUAUGAAUAUGACUUUUGUGAAAUAAUAAUAAAAUGUUAUUACCCUCAAAAAUUAAUUUGUUUAUAACAAAUUAGCAGUAAUAGUCAAAUUUUUAUUUGGACAUAAUGUGAAACAAAAACUAAUUCACUAUGUCAAUUGGUAAGAUAUUAAUAAAUUAGCUAAAGAUUUAUAUAAAACAUUUUUCUACAAUUAAUAUUUUACAAAUACAAAUAUUAUGUGCGCGUAAUGUAUUAUUAUGUCUGUAGAAAAUUUUACACAUUCCACUACUAAAAAGUAUCAAAAUAAUAAGACUUUUUAUACACAGAAUUUUCUGAAAACUUGAAAAAAUAUAGAUAUUAUCGCACAAAUGAAAAAAUCGUCCAUAAAAACAAAAUAUCAUCACGAAAUUUUUAAAUUCAUUUUUGAAUCAAAGUAUAAAAAAGUACAUAAUAUAUAAUCAUUUAUAAAAAUUAAUUGGAAUUUUUUAUACAUAUUUGUUUAUUUAAACUACUUUUAUAAUUAUUAAAAAUUAAAAUUGUUAUUAUGUUUUAUUACUAGCGAAAUAUGUACAAGAACAUUGCAAUUGUUAUAAAAAGCGCAUUGCUGCGCAAUGCAAUAAAUCAACAAAUGCA